AUGAAUUGGCCACAAAACAAGCAAUUAUCUUUGAAUGCGAAUGUCGGCAGCUCAGAUUACAAAGCUCUGUUGCUGCUGCUGCUGCUACUAGUUGAUACUUCUCUAUCAGGAUCUGAUUUGACCCAAACGAAGAAUUCACGUUUGCAGCUGGUACCAGCUUCUAAAAAUCAGUGUGAACAGAAAGCUUCUGAGGUUCCUGUGUACUUAGAAACAUCCCCGGCAGAUGGCAGUAAGCAGAAAGUCUGUGACGUUCCUGUAUCCUCCGAUUCCUCUGCAACAUCCCCGGCAGGUGGCGCAAGCCAGAUUAACGACAGUGAUGGCACCAGCAGUUAUCUAUUCGCUGAUAUGACGACAAAGGCAAAGGAUGAUAUAGCCACAGUACCAAAAAUAACAUUAGAAACAGAUGUCAAUGAUCAAAAGUCAGAAGAAGAAGAAGAAGGUGACACUUCUCAAGACAACAAGAACAAGUGGAUUGAGGUUAGGAAAAUGAAAAAAACCCAUAACAAGCCUGCUAUUUCCAAAAACUUCUCGCGCCCUGAACCUCUAAGGGGGCAGAACGAAGCUGUUUCAUCAUUGAAGGUAGCCCAAAAGAUGGCUUAUCUGUUCAUUUCUGGCCUAUCGCCAGAAACCGAAAGCCAAAACCUAAUGGAUUAUCUCAAGAGUCAAAAUAUGCAGGAUGACUAUUUCUAUAUCCUACUCAAUUUUCGCACCACCUACGUGAACAGAAAAGGAGAGGUUGUUUCACAAUGCAAAGCCAUCGCAAUAAACUACUUGAGGACGUGGUUUCUAGUGGAUAUGCUGGCCGCGUUGCCCUUCGAUCUGCUCUAUGCCCUUUACGGAGCUGAGUACAUAUCUAGUUUUCCAGUCUAUGAGAGCCAUUAUUCGCGUGAGAGAUCAGAAGAAAACGUUUGGAAGAUCACCUUACAUAGUGACACGUGCGAUAAAUGCGAUAAAUUCAAGAUGAAAAUGCAAGGAUUUACUGACCAAGAUGUGAGAAAAAUAUUCCAAGAAAAAUAUGACAGUUAUCUUGAAGACGCAAGUGAUCGAUAUAAAAUGUAG